AUGGGAAAACAUACCGCCUCCAAGGCAGGGAAGAAAGUUUCUUGUAUCAUAUGCAAGGAGAAAGGACACAACAAGGCUACAUGUAGUAAAGGUGUAGGGACAUCCAAACAAAAUGGAACAAAGAAACAAAAAACUAUACCUACGCAGGAGUCUAUAAACGUUGCUACAAGAGUUGGGGAUGAUGAGGUAAUGGUAGAUGCUACUGAUGCUUUGGAUAAGCCUGGAGAUGAAGAGCGGAUGGUGGGAGUCAAUGGACGGGAUGAAGGGGUGAAUGUCAAUGCUCGAGUUAAGCAUGUUAAACCGCCUAAAAUGCGAAAGGAGUCAGAAAGAAUCAUUAAAAUGAAGUUUGCAAAAAAUGUGGGAGGUGAAGGUAGCAAUGUUGCAACGGCCAUGGAUUUGGAUUAA